CGAAAAAAGAAACAAAAAAUCACUACAGCACAAUACCGGAACUUUCAAAGUGUUUUCUGUUAUAAUAUUACCAAUCUUUCGAGGAGAGUCUGAGCAUCCAAAUCAAACUACAGUAUUAUUUAGAAAACAGCUGGUUUUAUGGGAGUUGUGUGAGCUUUGGAGUUCAUAUCCUUCUUAUUCUUCUUUUAUUGGGGGGGUCCUCUUCUUUCCUCAAAUGACAGCCCAAUGACAGCCUAAUGUACAGCCUAGAGAAGGUAGUGGUAGCAGCACUAAAAAGCUCUGGUUGAUGGGUUUCAAUGGGUGUUAUUCCUCGAGCUUCACCUUGGUUUCUCUGUUUGGUUCAGACUCAUUUCAUUGUUUGUCAGAUUGUGCGCAUUCUGCCUGGCUUCUAGGAUCUUAGAUCUUAGACAGGGUAAAGAUGAAAGCGGUGAAGUUCGUACCUCUGGUCCUGGCUGUGAUUCUCUUUAUGGGUCAUGGAUCAAGUGCCUCAUUCACUCCUAUUGACAACUACUUAGUUGCUUGCGGUUCUUCCAAAAAUGUCAUCUUUCAAGAUCGAACUUUUGUUUCUGAUUCAGAGCAUUCUUCACUUGUUCUGAAAAGUGACAAUUCUAGUGUUGCCAGUUCCAAUUCUAGUGCCCCACUUCCAAUCUACCAAUCUGCUCGGAUUUUCUCAGCCAUGGCUUCUUAUAAGUUUAAAAUUGAGCAAAAAGGCCGGCAUUGGAUUCGCCUCUAUUUUUUCCCUCUUCCAAAGUCUGGCCAAAACUUGAACUCUGCCUCAAUGUCUGUAUUCACUGAUAAUUUUGUUCUCUUGAACAACUUCACUUUCAAGAAGUAUAAUGGUGCUUACAUGUUUAAGGAGUAUGCGAUCAAUGUGACUUCAGAUACCUUGACUCUCACUUUCCUUCCUUCCAACAAUUCGGUUGCAUUUGUGAAUGCGAUUGAAGUUGUCUCCAUCCCAGAUGUGGUGCUCCCUGACCAGGCAUUGGCUUUAAAUCCAUCUACUCCUUUUAGUGGCCUCACCGAACUUGCCCUUGAAACUGUUUACCGGCUAAAUAUGGGGGGUCCUUUGCUCACCUCGCAAGAUGAUACACUCGGAAGAACUUGGGAGAAUGAUCUGAAGUACCUCCAUAUGAACAGUUCAGCUGUGAAUGUGUCGGUUAGCCCGGCAAACAUAAAAUAUCCAGCCGCGGUCACCCCCGAAACAGCACCUAAUUUGGUGUAUGCCACUGCUGAAACAAUGGGGGAUGCAAAUGUACCUAAUAUGAACUUCAACAUAACUUGGGUCUUCUCUGUUGAUCCAAGCUUCAGUUAUUUUGUUAGGGUACACUUCUGUGAUAUUGUGAGCAAGUCUCUAAACACUCUAGUUUUCAAUCUCUUCAUAAAUUACGAUAUUGCUCUUGGGAGUCUUGAUCUAUCAAGCAUGACUGGUGGCUUAAAUGUGCCUUACUAUAGAGACUUUGUUUCCAACUCCUCGGCGAACACAGAUACUUUGACGGUUAGUGUUGGUCCGGAUAGUGUGGCUGUUACAAGUAAUGCAAUUAUGAAUGGGCUGGAGAUUAUGAAGAUCAGCAAUGAAGUUGGGAGCUUGGAUGGGCUUUUGCCUGUUGAGAGUUUCCUUCCUAGUUCACCCUCAAAAAAGAACAAGAUGGUACUAAUAGUUGGUUCUAUCAUAGGAGCUGCAGCUGCAGUUGUACUAAUUGGUUUGUGUUGUUGCUGCUGGGUGGCCCACAAAUCGAAGACUACUCAGCAAGGAUAUCCAUGGCUGCCCUUGCCCUUGCAUGGAAACUCUCAGACCAUGACAAAAAUGUCCACAACUUCCCAAAAGAGUGGUACAGCUAGCUGCAUUUCACUGGCUUCGACCAAUCUUGGCCGUGUUUUCAUGUUCCAAGAAAUCCUGGAUGCAACAAACAAGUUUGAUGAAAGUUCCCUUCUUGGGGUAGGUGGCUUUGGCAGGGUUUACAAGGGAACUCUGGAGGAUGGGACAAAAGUAGCUGUUAAAAGAGGAAACCCCCGAUCUGAACAGGGUAUUGCUGAAUUCCGAACUGAGAUUGAGAUGUUGUCCAAACUCCGCCAUCGGCACCUGGUGUCUCUUAUUGGCUAUUGUGAUGAAAGGUCAGAAAUGAUUCUCGUCUAUGAAUACAUGGCUAAUGGACCCCUUAGGAGCCAUUUGUAUGGAACAGAUCUACCACCUCUACCAUGGAAGCAACGACUUGAAAUUUGCAUUGGUGCAGCAAGGGGGCUCCAUUAUCUACACACUGGUGCAGCUCAAAGCAUAAUUCACCGAGAUGUGAAGACUACCAACAUUCUCUUGGAUGAGAGCUUUGUAGCCAAAGUUGCUGAUUUUGGCCUUUCUAAGACUGGUCCAGCUCUGGAUCAGACCCAUGUGAGUACAGCUGUUAAAGGUAGUUUUGGUUACCUUGAUCCCGAAUACUUUAGAAGACAACAGCUUACUGAGAAAUCAGAUGUCUAUUCUUUUGGAGUAGUCCUAAUGGAAGUUUUCUGCACAAGACCGGCUUUAAACCCUGUUCUCCCUAGGGAGCAAGUCAAUAUAGCAGAAUGGGCAAUGAGCUGGCAAAAGAAGGGCAUGCUGGAUCAAAUCAUGGACCCAAAUCUGGUGGGGAAUGUGAACCCUGCUUCUCUUAAGAAGUUUGGAGAGACAGCUGAGAAGUGCCUGGCCGAGUAUGGGGUUGACAGGCCAUCAAUGGGCGAUGUCUUGUGGAAUCUUGAAUAUGCACUUCAGCUAGAGGAGACCUCAUCUGCGCUCAUGGAACCUGAAGAUAACAGUACAAAUCACAUUCCUGGAAUCCCAUUGACCCCGCUUGAACCGUUUGAUAACAGCGUGAGUAUGAUUGAUGGAGUGAACUCUGGCACAGAUGAUGAUGCAGAAAAUGGUGCCACAAGUGCUGUAUUCUCUCAGUUAGUAAAUCCUCGUGGAAGAUAGGAGGAUACGAAUUCCAUUCAUUUCUGAUCCUCGCCAGUAGAUGUCCCUUGAAAGAUAUUCGCAAUUGGUCAUAUCUUGUCCGGGAGAGUACUCGCAAAGAUCCUGAGAGAAUGGUUCAAGGUUACUUUUAGUUUCAGUUCUGUUCUUUCAACAAGAUUUUUUCGUCCACAAUUUAUUUAGUUUGUAAUGUAGUUAAGCGAUGGGUGCCAAUUGACCCGUCUGAAGUUGCAAGUUAGGUGCCGUAAAGAUUGGAUUGUUGUCUCUGGGGUUUUUGAUGCCCAUCACACAAUUACAAGAUAUGGAUUUGUAUUUUGGUUUUAUAUUUUUGUUGUUCCCAAAAACUGAAUAUAGAAAAUUAGGCAGCGGUUAUGAUACCUCUAAUCAAGUUUAGUUUCUGUGUUA